AUGGCAUAUAAAAUCUGCAAGCGUCUGCUCUGGAACUCUGGUCAGGCCAGAGUGAACCUCGCGUGGUUCCAACGGCCAAAGUCGGAAGGUGGAUAUGGCCUCAUCCAUGUCCAACACCAGGUCAUUGCGCUCAAAGCCAAGUUCAUGGCUCGCAUGGCCGUGUCAGAACCCAAAUGGCACGACCUCUUUAUCCUGGCCGCACAAGAAGCCUACGACUUUACCACUCCAGGGCAGACCAAAACCUACCUCAGACUACCCCGAUGGCGAGACCCUGUCGACGACACCCCCAUCCAGGAGGUGCUACCGUUGAUCGAGGCCUAUUCCUCCUUGGAACCCAAGCGAGCGAUCGUCAUUGAUGAAACCACCAACCGGGCGGUGAACGAAAUCGUGGUUGCCGGCAAGACUCCUGUGCGCAUGUACAAAGUCCAAACCGCACGCCGCUUUCUGGACGAAAAGUAUCUUGCUGUUUGGACCAACGAGGCCACAAACCGCAAGAUCUACUUGCGACCGCCCAUCUCCAUCCACAUGCGAUGGACAGACGAUCAUUACAACUCCAACAUCCCUACCGUCACUCUGUCUGACGAAGAAUGGCACACGACAUGGGAGCGAAUGCACUCCAAGCAUCGCCAACCCAAGGAAAAAGAGUUUAUGUUUAUGUUGUCCCAUCGUGUAAUUUUUACUAAUGGUGUUAAAGCCCUUUUUGCUGAUUUGCCUAGACCUGUCGAGCCCCAUUGUCGUCGAUGUCCGCCGAUACCCCCAUCGCUGGUCGCCCCACUCGAAUCACGCCGUCAUGCGUUCUAUGACUGUGUCAUAGUGCAGGAGGAAUGGACACGGAUGCACAAGUGGAUCCGUGAGAUAUUCCCCAAUCUCCUUCUCCCUUCCUCUCUUCUGCAAGACACCAUGUGUUGGCCUGCCAUUCCCCACCUCCCUCCUAUCGUCAUUCACCUCCACUCUACCGUCAUGUUCACUAUAUGGCGCACAUACUGUGCGCUGGGGGACGGAGAGAUCCUGGAGGCUGAGGAGUUGCGGUGGAAGAUUGUGCACGCCUUCAAAGCUCGAGUCAAGGCCGAGCUGAGCCGAGCCCACCAAAAGAAACUGCGAGCGGCGCAACGCCCCCAGCCCCGAGUCCAAGCCGGAGGCGACAGCGAUGGGUACGACCCGGUCGGAGCCGCGAUCAAGAUAUGGCACCACCCGCCAUUCAUCGAGAUGACCCGGGACGGGGUCUCGAUGGGGGACCUCUGGUUCCAAACCUGA